AUGGCUGUAAUCUCUGAAACUUCCGACGACGGCGAUCCAACCAAGAUUCAGAAAGCAGAAGAAGAAGAAGAAGAGAAUCCGAAAGAAGAAGAUCAUCAAGAAGACGAUAAAGAAGUAGAUCAUAAUCUUGCUCCGAUUCGUCGAGACAUCCCAGUGAUACUUAUUGAAAGUACCGUCGCGCUCGUCCGGAGAUGCCAUUACCCGAGGCUAUCUCUACUCUCCAGAGCCUUCCGUGACGUAAUCUCUUCGGAUCAACUCUUCGUAACGCGCUCGCUCCUCGGCUUGACUGAACCGGUUCUUUAUAGCUUGAUCUCGCUCCCACCUUUUUAUACCCCAUAUUGGUACGUUCUCUAUCGAAGCAACAUGUCUUUACGAUUGAGCAGAAUCAUUUCACUUCCUCCCAUGCUUCCUGGAUCUACUACCGUCACAAUUGGACACAAGAUGUACGUUAUGGGUGGACGUGUCGGUUUAAACCAACCCGUAAAGACUGUGAUUGUCAUCGACUGUAGAUUCCAUAGGUGGAAACAUAUCCAGAGUAUGAAAAGGGAACGUUGCUACGCAGCCUCCGGAGUCAUUGACGGAAAGAUUUACGUGGUGGGAGGUCGCAAGAAACGAUAUGAUGAUUGGGUUGAAGUGUUCGACGUAGAGAAAGAGAUUUGGGAAACUGUGCCUGGUCUAUGCUGUUUCCUUGCUUGCUCGAGUGGAGUGUUUCGUAUACAUGCGGUUUUGGAUAACAAGAUUUACAUGUUGGAUGGUAAUCAUUGUUUGGCUUACGAUCCGAGACUACGUAGGUGGCAGAAUUGGGGACGUGGGAGUCAACAGAGGCUCUUUUGGCACGCGUCCUCUUGCGUGAUUGCUGAUUUGUUGUUUGCCUUUGUUCCUCAGUGGAUUCUUGGAUCUCCUAUUGUCGUGUAUGACCCAAGGAAUGAUGUUUGGAGACCUGUCAAGGGUGUAAAUAAUUUGCCUAGUCUCAGUUAUACCGAGUCUAGAAUGACAAGUUUUGGUGGGAAGUUAGUGAUAUUGGGAUGGUAUCAAAGCCAGAAUAUUUGUGAUCAUGACUCGGAAAGAAACGUUUUGUGCGUAGAGGUUGCCUUGGGGAGACGUGAAGAUGGGGAUAUAUGGGGGAAGGUCGAAUCAUUCUCGCUUGUGCAUACAUUCAAGUCGCCUUACAUUGAGAUUUCUCGAACCGUUACGAUUUGA